GGUGCUGCUUUGGUGCAAUGGUUUGAGCCCUUUAAAUAAACUCCACCCAUUCUGACAGUGUUUUCUCUGUGGGGGGGAUAAAAAAAGAAAGAAGGAAUCUGUCCUGGGUUUUGUUUGGGUAUCCCUAACACCAGAGGAGGAUGUUGAACAAGAAAGCACCAGAAAGAGCAGCUGAGUGGAUCCAGGAUGAUCCUGAAUCUGAUGGGGAUGUACCACCACCACCUGACCAGGCAGCACCGCCACCACCUGACCAGGCAGCACCGCCUCCACCACCUGACCAGGCAGCACUGCCACCUGUCCAGGCGGCACCACCACCUCACUGGGCAGCACCACUACCCGAACGGGCGGCGGCACCACCACCGGACCAGGCACCACCACCACCACCACCUAACCAGGGGCUCAGUGUAGGCACUCAGACUGAACAUGCCUACUAUGACCACACUGAGCUCCUGGUCACCCUGGUCCACCAGGUCAAUGCCAUCAGGCAAGAUCUGGGAGAGGUCAGGGAGAUAGUGGAGUCCCUGCAGAGGGUCAAUGCUCCUCCUCCUCCACUGUAAUUUUAUUAUGUACAUAUACAUCUGUUGGCCUAGCAUCGUUGUGCUAUUUUGUAUAUUAAAAAAGUUUUUAUAUGA